CAGAAAUUGUAGCAGCAUGCGUGGUGUCACCAAAUAAAAGUGAGGAACAUGUGCGAGAGAUCUUUAGACGCUCUCAGUCGAUCCGCUCUACACAAACAAUAAUACACACACUCUCUUUCACUCCACCCACACUCUUUUACCACACACCCACAAGCACUCUUUUUUCUUUCCUUGUUUUCAUCUCGAUCGACCAUCGCCCAUGUCUACAGCAACCGAUGUCGACGUCGCGACUAAUGAAUGGGUGAAAAAGAUUCACUUUGAGAACCGCGUGGAUAUCAAUUUGCAGCUGCCUGCAGCGGACGGCGAGUCAGCCAAGAUAGAGAUCCCGGAGCUACCUUCGUUCGAUAAUAAGCUUGGCUCGAUUGAUUUACCGGGAACAGCAACACAACAGCAACACCAACGAGCUCCGCCCUCCUCGAAUAAUAAUACUACACCAACAUCCGAUUCGUACCUGAGUGCUAUUGUAUCAUCCUCCUCGUCUGCUGCUGCUGCUGCAAAGCCAGCCGCAUCAUCGCCAUCCGCAGCACCAGCAGGCUGUAGUGGAGGCGCUGACUGUACAUGCUACAAAUGCCAACGACAGAAACGACGAGCAAGAGGAACCGCAAACAAUAAAACGGCUCCCGAAACAACGCCGAUCACAAAAGCAAAGGCGACAGUAACACCUCCUCCUCCACCUCCUCCUUUUCAACCAUUGUCAUCAUCUCCUCAGAGUACGACGAUCACGAAUAUCGUCUCAAGAAACGUCCAGCCAUUGUCCAAAAAGCCAUCCACAACAAGCUUUGCUUCUUCUCAACCAGCCACCACCACCAGAGUAGCAGCAGCACCGAAAUCGGUCAAUCAUAAUCAGCAGCGACAAUCACCUUCGAAACCCAGCAAUAGCAAACGUGCACAGGGUUCAAUUUGUCGACGCAAAACACCCAGCAUCAAAUCAUAUGAAAAGCAUCUUCCUCGCCCAACCUACUCUGCUCAAGACAGCAUCUAUCGUAUGAUAGAUCCUACAGCAUCACCCGCACCUGCCGUUCAUGGCAAUGUGAAAAAGAGCGAUUCACAGCACAGCAGUGUACAAUCGGACCACAGCAGUGUGACGACGAUGAACACGACGACGACGAUGACUACCUCGACCGUCGUCCACCAACAAGACGGUUAUCAGAUUUCAUGGAAAGACGACACGACGGGUGACGAUCUCUUGAACUCAUUAAAGACGUUUCAGACCAUUUUUGCAGAACAACCGGGUGAAAGUGCAGCUGGGUUGUCGGAUCUGUUGGAAGUCCGGGCCCAAGAGAUGAAACGACAGCGUGCAGAGCAAGCGGCCCAUUCUGGCAACAGCAAUCUUGCGCUAUCGGAGGAGGAAGAGAUGGAACCUCCAGCGGGCCAAGUACAUACACUAAAGUACCGUCGAGGUCCACCCCAUUAUGCACUCACACUGUACCAUACUAUGAAGAUGAGAGGACCCGGCGAACGCAAAGUUGCUUAUGACACGGCGUUCGACCAUUGUAUUCGUGCCAACAGCGGGCUGUCUGGCUGGAUUAAACGGCAAUCAGAGCGGGAGCCUCCAAAGCCAUUACAAGAUUACACGCCGCGCCAACCAAGACGCCCUGUUAAAAAAUCAAUCCUGCGACCCAUUAUACCCGGAUUAAAGCACAAGACGACAACAACCGACGAUAUGUGGCAUAAGAUCUCGUCCUCAGAAAACCCUGCACCCGCAUUGCCGCCGAGCAAUCCAUGGAACAAGCAAGACGACGAGAACACGACAGGCAUUACACCUACCGAUGUCUUGUCAGCCGCACAUGCUCUAUUGCCUAAUCAGUCGCCUGUCGUGCUUCAUGAUUCGCUGAGUCGGACCAAUGUGGCUGCCAAGCCGUAUGAUCAUGUUGAUACCCCGAGCAGACCGAUUCCGAACCAUCAUCAUCAUCAUCGAGCAGGAUCUGAGCGUGGCGAUGCUGCCAGCGUCUCCUCAAUGAGUGUGGAUGGAGAUUCCAGUACGAGCAAGGCAAGCAGAUCUGGCAAGCUAUUUUCCUCCUUUGCUAAAAAGUCAUUACGAUCGCGUAGUGGCACAGUGACCUCUGCGAAAUCCCAGACGGAAAGCAUCAAGAAGCCAUCAUCAUCAUCUUCACCGGUAGCUGAUUCCAUAGGAUCCAAGGAGCCAAUGCUACGGCAUCACCAGCAUCAAAAGGAGUUAGAUUCUCUUUGUUCUAUUAUGCCGCAUGUUGAACGUCAAGUGCUUGCCCAACACCUGGCAGAUGCAGGGGGUGAUUACAUAAAGGCGCUAGGAUCAUGCAAGCAGGCCGUUGCUGAAGGCAGAUUGUAAAUGAAAGAAGAAGAAGAGGAAGAAAAGAUGUAAUUAUAUUUAUACUAG